UUUGAGACACAACCACUGUCCCUAGUGAAGUCACAUCCUCCUCUAUAUAAACAAAAAAAAACAUACACUAGUUUAUUCCAGCUAGCUGGACACACUACAGUUCCUCUUCUACCGAAUACAUCUAACAUCUGUCACAGCAUUUACUGUAGUAUUUCCCAUGUAAACGGGACAAAACAUGGCUCGGAAAUUAUCUAGCUCUGCUGUAUUUAGUGAUGUUGAAACUAGCUAACCUGUUUUCCUUUCGUUUUACGGUGAACAAAUCACCGAUUAUUUUAUUUUUGACCGUGUUCUCAGUUUGAAGUGUCUUGUGAUUCGCUAUUUGUAUUUAUUCAUCAAGUAGUCUUUAACUGUAUUAUUAGUUUUCAGUGGCAUAUCAGUGGAGAUUGCUAACUAAACCAUUAGCCACCCACUUACAGUAUUUGUCUGUCAGUAAAGUCACUCUGAAGUCCCGUCAACUGAUACGUUAAAAGCGCAGUGUCUUUUUCUACAAACCCAAAUAAUCAUGACUGCCAUGCGAGUGGAUGCUAAAGUGGUCAUGCUUGGCAAGGAGAGUGUUGGUAAAACCAGCCUGGUGGAAAGAUACGUACAUCGCCGCUUUCUUGUGGGACCUUAUCAAAAUACUAUAGGGGCUGCGUUUGUUGCAAAAGCCCUCAAUGUCGGUGACAAAGUGGUUACGCUGGGAAUAUGGGACACUGCUGGGUCUGAACGUUACGAGGCCAUGAGCAGAAUCUAUUACAGAGGAGCCCGUGCUGCCAUUGUCUGCUAUGAUUUGACUGACAGCAGCAGUUUUAAAAGGGCCAGGUUCUGGGUGAAGGAGUUACAGAACUGUGAAGAGCACUGUAAAAUAUAUUUGUGUGGUACCAAGAGUGACCUAAUUGAAGCCGAUCGAAGUGUGCGGCAAGUAGACUUCCAUGAUGUUCAAGACUUCGCAGAUGAAAUAGGUGCUCAACAUUUUGAGACCUCCAGCAAAACAGGAAAAAAUGUUGAUGAGGUGUUUCAGAAGGUGGCUGAAGAUUUCAGUAGCUGUGCUUUAGAGUUCAUGCAAGGAACACUUUUUGGACCUGAGAAUAUUGACUACAGCAAAUAUCAACAGUGCAUGGCAAUCCAUUUUACCAAAAAGAAAAGACGCCAAGUAAGCUUUAGGGACAGAUGCCAUUGCAUGGAGAUGAUCGUUGCCAAUUUUCACAAACAAUGCCUUGUGAUUCAUCACCUUUUAUAAUUUAAAGUGUCUCCAUUUUAUAGAUCUUUUGAGGAUCGCCAUGUUUACACCCUUCAUUUAUCACACUCUACUGAUAAAUGCACGUCCACACUAAACUGAAGCCAUUUAAGUUGCAGUUUUCACAGAUCUGAAACCAGAUCUGAAAACACUUUCUCAUGAUAAUGGUUUGGAUGUUGAUGGGGUGGAAGAUCACAGAGAGUAAAAGGCAGUUUCCCAUUCAUGCUCGGCUGAAAAGCUGCUGUCAAUAUGUUAAAGGCUAAUAACUAUGGUCACUUGAACAUUAUAUCAUGGUGAAUUUGAUAUCUGGAAAUAUCACAAAAACUGUUUGCAGUUUGCAGUGUUUGAUAAUCAAGCCCAAAGUUUCCUGUAUCAUGUUGUCCAUUAUUUGCAGUUGACUGUUUGACAUAAUAGAUCUAUCCUGCAUUCCAAAAGUGAGUUUAUGUGCAGCCUUUGAUGAAUGUGAUGUUAAUGUUUACAAUGUUAUUUCAAUUAUUAUUUAAUUUUACGUCAAUAUAGUUUGGGUAAGAUAUUGUAAACUGGGACACUAACUGUUGUGAACGUGUACUUUACGUGAACUUUACAGCCUUAGUUCGUUCUCAAUUCAUAUUGUGAAUGUAUUAAAUACUGCUCAAAGAGGCCUGUAGCUAAAAAUAUGGUUCUUGUGAAAACAUUUGCGUAAUUUACGUCGGAUCCUGAUAUUGUGCCAUUUUUUUACCGGGCAUCCUACAGGAAAGAAGGGCCCAAUAAUAAUUUACUUUCUUACAGAUUAUGUGAAUAUUAUCAAAAAAAAAAAAAAAGCUAAAGCAUGUGAUCUUAAACACCUCUUGCAUAUACAGAGCAUUUUUACCAAGUUUAAGUGUAUCAAAAUUAUAUAAGCUAAGCAGCCCAAGUCAUUAUCAGAUAUUGGAACAAUAAAAUAUCAAGUGUGCGUGCAGUAUGCUUAUCAAUACUGUAAAUGAAUCCUAGAACUUUGAGGGGUAAUCGCCUAAAUUCAACAUGGAUUUUUUCCCCCAACAUAUCAUAUUCAUCCUUUGCUGCCUAUUCCUGCUUGCCCUCACAUGUGUAAGUUAUUUUUGUUUAAGAUCGACUCUCUCACCAAAAUAAUUAGCAAUUCUGUGUACUGCAUCAGAGAACAAAAUUCAUUGAAUAUUCUGUAUCAUUCUUGUACAUUACCAAAUACUCAUAUAUAUAUAUAUGUGAUUUUGUAGAAAUUAAACUGAAAAUUUAGACAUUUAGACAUUUUCUGCACUUUCAAGAUCUUUUACACAAAGAAAAUGAAAUUAGCUGCAAGAGUUUUGCGUGGUGACACUAUUGCCAUGACAGUUGCCUCAAAUUCUCAUUAAAAUUCUCAUUACUGUAUAGAAUACAGAAAUUAAA